CGGUGCCCUAUUUACGUUGGAGGCCAAAGGCAUUUCUCCAAAAGUCUGUUGGUCGGUUUUAACGUUUGCGGCCAAACUGUGACUUAUAUGCUGAAAUGUUAGCGGCACAUCAAUUCGUCAGGAGGUUUUCCUCUUCACAGUGUUUAUGGGCCAAUUUAAGAAUAGCAGUCAUAGGGCAGAGUCAGUUUGGAGCAGAAGUGUACAAGACACUAAAAAAAGACGGCCAUGAAAUAGUGGGUGUGUUCACAGUACCUGACCAGAAGGGGAGACCUGAUCCUUUAGCCACCGCAGCAGAAGAAGAUGGCGUCAAAGUUUUCAAAUAUCCAAGAUGGCGGAAAAAGGGCAAGGUCAUUCCAGAAAUCCUUCAGGAGUACCACUCUGUUGGCGCAGAUCUCAACGUUCUUCCAUAUUGUACUCAGUUUAUUCCCAUGGAGGUUAUUACGGCACCCAAGAAUGAAUCUGUCUGUUACCAUCCAUCUCUGUUGCCUAGACACAGAGGAGCGUCUGCCAUAAACUGGACACUAAUCCAGGGGGACAAGAAGGCGGGUUUCUCCAUAUUCUGGGCAGAUGAUGGCCUGGACACUGGCCCCAUAUUGCUGCAGAGGGAGUGCGAUGUGGAUCCUAAUGACACAGUUGAUACACUGUACAACAGGUUCAUGUUCCCAGAGGGUAUUAAGGCUAUGGGUGAAGCAGUUCAAAUGGUAGCAGACGGCGUUGCACCCAAGGAGAAGCAGUCAGAUGAGGGCGCCACCUAUGAGGCAUUAUUGAGAAAAGAGCUUUGUGAGAUCAACUGGGAUCAAUCCGCCGAGUCCCUUCAUAAUUUUGUCCGAGGACAUGACCGUCACCCCGGUGCCUGGGCUGUCAUUGACGGAGAGGAGGUAACACUGUAUCACUCCAGUCUGUGGACAGAGAGUGUUCCAGAGGGAAGACCCGUGGACAUACAGGGGAAGAACACACCCGCCAUUGUGCACGAGGAGGGGAUGAUUCUCUUUGGAAAUGAUGGAAAAAUGGUGAACAUCAGAACUAUGCAGCUGCCCUCUGGGAAAACCAUCCACGCCUCUCACUUUGGCCAGGAGGAAGCACUAUAUAAAACAGAGAUUGAACUCAGCGAUGAGGAAAAAGAAAUGAAAGAAAUAAUUUUGAACAUUUGGAGAGGUAUUCUCAGUAAAGCAGAUAUAGAUGGCAGCACAGACUUUUUUGCCUCUGGAGCAGCGUCCAUGGAUGUCACAAGAUUGGUUGAAGAAGUGAAAGAAAAGUGUAGUGGACUGAAGAUUGAAAAUGAAGAUGUGUAUAUGGCCACCACUUUUGAUGAGUUUAUUUAUAUGGUGGUGCAGAAGAGCAGAGGUUUUGGUGAGCCUGCAGAGUUUGUGUAUGAUGCUGUGAAGAUGCAUGUCAACAAUAUGGACCUCUCCUUUCCAAACCAGUUAUUUAUCAAUAAUGAAUUUGUGGACUCUUCCAAUGGGAAGACAUUUAAUACAGUAAAUCCUGCUGAUGAAUCUGUGAUAUGUAAAGUUGCCUUGGGUACAAAGGAAGAUGUUAACAGGGCAGUAGAGUGUGCCAAGAAAGCCUUUGAUGGCCCGUGGGGGCAGAUGAAUGCCAGAGACAGAGGAGCCCUGAUGUUCAAACUUGCAGAUCUAAUGGACAAACACAAAGAAGAGUUAGCCACCCUAGAGAGUAUAGACUCUGGUGCAGUGUACACCCUGGCCCUGAAAACCCAUGUGGGCAUGUCCAUAGACACCUUCAAAUACUUCGCGGGAUGGUGCGACAAGAUUCACGGUAAAACAAUUCCCAUCAACCACGCCAGACCAAGCAGAAAUCUCACCUACACAAGAAGGGAGCCACUGGGUGUGUGUGGCAUAGUUACUCCAUGGAAUUAUCCACUUAUGAUGUUAGCAUGGAAGACAGCUUCAUGUCUUGCUGCAGGAAACACAGUGGUUUUGAAACCAGCACAGGUCACACCUCUCACGUCCCUAAAGUUUGGAGAGUUUGUUGUCAGAGCCGGAUUCCCAGCUGGUGUCAUCAACAUUAUCUCAGGCUCAGGUUCAGUGGUGGGACAGGGCAUUGCAGACCAUGAACAAGUGAGGAAGCUUGGCUUCACUGGCUCCACACCAAUUGGAAAGACCAUCAUGGAGAGCUGUGCCAGAAGUAAUUUGAAGAAAGUGUCCCUGGAAUUGGGAGGGAAGUCCCCGCUGAUCAUCUUCAAUGACUGUGACUUGGACAAGGCCGUCAGAAUGGCAAUGAGCUCUGUCUUCUUCAACAAAGGAGAGAACUGCAUUGCUGCCGGCAGGCUGUUUGUGGAGGAGGGAAUCCAUGACAAGUUCCUAGACAGAGUGGUCACAGAAGUAAAGAAAAUGAAGAUAGGCAAUCCCCUGGACAGGUCCACAGACCAUGGUCCUCAAAACCACAGAGCUCAUUUAGAGAAGUUGAUAGAGUACUGCCAGAUAGGGGUAGAUCAGGGAGCCACGCUAGUGAUGGGAGGCAAACAGGUAGACAUCCCAGGUUUGUACAUGGAGCCCACAGUCUUCACUGAUGUAGAAGACCACAUGUUCAUUGCCAAGGAAGAGUCCUUUGGGCCUGUCAUGGUGAUAUCUAAGUUUAAGAAUGGUGACACAGAAGAUGUAGUAAGAAGAGCAAACGACACAGAAUUUGGUUUGGCAUCAGGAGUGUUCACAAAUGACGUGAGCAAAGCAUUGUGGGUAGCAGACCACAUUGAUGCCGGCACAGUAUUUGUCAACACAUACAACAAGACAGAUGUUGCUGCUCCUUUUGGUGGCUUCAAGCAGUCUGGCUUUGGAAAAGAUUUGGGUGAGGAGGCCAUGAAUGAGUACCUGAAGACUAAAGCAGUCACCAUCGAGUACUGAGCCAGCUCUAACUGGUGGAUUGCUUUCUCUCUUUACAGAGGAAAUAGUGUGUUAAUUACUGAAUAUAAUAUACAGGAACUUGCUCAUCUAUGCAAUGCUACUUUUGAGGAAGGAAUGAGAGAAGUUGAUAAACACAUAAAACGUUCUGGUAAAAUACCCAGCAACCUUUGCUGUUCAAAUUGUCAGCAUCAAGGAUAACGGCAGAAAUAGCAUCAAGAGUAAUGACAGAAAUCUCAAAUGAUCCCAUUUUUACCUAGCAACAUGGACAGUCUAUAAAACAAAUGGCGUCUGUAAUUGAAGCUGGGUUCUUGCAAUUCAUUUACAUGAAUUAACAUUUUUCAGUAUUAAGAUGAUGAGUAAGACCUCAAGCACUGGGGUGACAAUAUUGAGAGAAAGUGGUCAAGAGUUGAAGGAUGUAAGGCCUUUGAGGUUCAUCCCAGAGACGAGGGGUUUAAUUGAUAAAAAAACAAAAAACUAGAUCACUAGUAAAAGAGGGCACCAUCAUACCGGGUGCACAGGCCGAGAAGGAGAUUUUUGUUUGAACUUUGAACUUGUUUGAAGAGGUGAGAUCAAACUGUGAAAUAUUUAAUCUCUUUUUAAUAUAUUUAUUUAUUUAUUUUUAAUAAUAUAUUGAUAUACAUAGAUGUGAAUGCAGCACAUCAGGGUAAAUACGGAUGAUUUGACCAGUUUUAAACUAUUCCACCUUUUAUCAUUAUUGCUUAUGAUGGACAUGUUUUUACAUUAUAUAAGCAAACCAAUAUGAUGUUUUUUAUCUGUAAAUGAUGGUGAACUUAAGAUAACUUAAUGGUUUUAAUAUUAACAAUUACUUCCAUUUAAUACAUAUUUCUUCCAUGAGUUAAGAAAAUGAUUUGAUUAGAAAAUUAAGAAACUUUGAUCAGGUGAAAAUGACCUCGGGGUUUUAGAAUUUUGUCAGUUUUUUAAAUCCUACACAGCUUUCAGAUGAUUACCUUUCAACAUGUGUCACAUAUCCUGGUUUGCUCUUACAAGUUUUAUCAAAGAAUUUUAAAAGAAAGGUGAUUGUAAAUUCAAGACUGUAAGUUUUAGCCUGCUUAAAUGCUUGAUAAAUGUAUGUAAAAGUCUACUCAGGCGAGGAUAUCGCACCUGUUUAAAAAAAGGCAAAUUCAUAUGGCAGAUUUUUCAUUUUUGGGGACAAGUUCACAUUUAUCUUGGAUUGUAGAGCUAAAUGUAAAGGAGUUUAGUAAUAAAACCUGUGAAACCAAUACAUUUUUAAUAGACGUAGAACUUGGGUCAGUAACAUAGUUUUCAUUGUAUAUAUAUUAUCAAUACUAGAAGUGUUUUUACAAGCCCAUGUCUAUAAUAACCUAAUAUAAUAAUCUUAAAUAUUAAAAAAAACUGAUGUAUAUAUGGGCCUUUGUCGUUUGUUAUAAAAAGAUUUAGAUUAAGGUAAAAGUAAUUAGUAAUGGUUUAUUUGACUAUAUAAUGUAACCUCCCCUGAAACAAACAUUUUAUGGUGUGAUGCUCAUUUUUAUUGUAACAUUUUUUUCCUUUUAGCAAUUUGAAAACUAUUUGUAUUUUAUCUGAAAUAGAUAUGGUAGUAAUCUUUUAAGUAGGUCAUGAUUUUUGUCAGAUGCUGUUGCUUGCUAUCUGGAGCAAGAAAUGAUAACGAACAGAAGAGUACAUGUAGCAUUUAGCUAAAUGUUUGUGAUACAUCUAAAUUAAAUUCAUUGUAAAGUGUAGACAACUUAAUCGACCUUAAAGUCACUGUGGACAAUUUUGUAACCUGGUCAGCGUGGAAGCAAGUUGGACCGACUUCUGAUUUGAAGUGAUAAGCUAAACAUAUUACAUUAGGCAUAUCUAUUUUCUGUCUGUUGUAUUGGAUUGAGGUAUGGGUGUUUCAAUCCUAGUCACUGGCUCAUUUUUCACCCGGUGUUAAAAAAAGCACAUUUUGUAAAUUUUGUGUAAAAAUGUGCACGUGAAACUGGCCCUUUGAUAUUUUACUAAAAAAUUGUGCAAUGUGCAGGGAAAUUACCCUGCUUUUCAGAUGAAUGGCAUUGACUCUUGGUUCUGUCGGAAAUUUCACAGGAUUUUUUUUUAGAAAACCGUGUUGUGUAACAACCUGAGCUGUUGGGUGGUGCAAGCUGACGGAGUAGUGUAAAAAAUCAUUUUUACAGCACUUCGAAUGGUAACUGAAGUCAGUUUGCGCCAGUAGAGAGAAGUUUACAUACUUUGAAACUUUGACUGUUUUGCCAUAUGCUUAUGGGGCCGUUUUACGGUGCCGUUGUUAACUUCAGAUUAUGUAGGAUUUUGGUGAAAUAAUGUGAUGUUCGCGCCAUGUUAAUUUAGAGUGAAUUUUUUACAUUCAAUACAAAAUUAAGAGCAGCUAUCCUCAGUUUUUGUUCUUAUUAUUUUGUUAGCAUAAUAUGAAAUUCGAUCUCGAUUUUUUUUUUCAAAUUACUGUAAAAUGUACAGUACAGAUACAUUGAAUAUUUUUCAUUCAUAUAAAUUUUUGUCAGUUACUAUUGUUGCGCCCAAUUUGAAUGUACACCGUGCGAUGAAGAGUUGCGUGAAAAACUGUCUCAGACGUAGGUUGAAGAUAUAAAUUAGCAUCGCACAGCCACUUUAUGGGUGUGGAUUUUAGAUUGAAUAAAAUGUAAUGAAAGA